AUGUCUUGUGACGAGCGAAUACCUGCCAAGCGAAGUUUAACGUCGCUACGGCUGGUUACGUUCAAUGUCAACGGUGUCAAGACAUUGAAGAAUUAUUAUCCAUGGACCCUGGUGUCUGAGUACGGCCAGAUGUUGGAUAUGAUGAAGGGGGAUAUAGUCACGUUCCAGGAGCUCAAAUUGCAGAGGUCGGACGUUGAUUUGAAGAUUGCCGAUAUUCCAGGGUAUUCCAGCUUCAUUAGCGUUCCGUUGUCAAAGAAAGGGUACUCGGGAGUCGGCGUUUUUGUACGCAAACCGCGUCAAGACGAGCCUGAUCUGAUCAAAAGAGCUCUUACUGUGAUCCGGGUCGAGGAAGGAAUCACCGGGAUUCUCCCUCACAAGAAGAAAACCCUAUCCUAUAGAGAGGCGUACGAGGACCCCACGUUGCGCGAAACAUGUAUUGGCGGGUAUCCGAGCCACAAGAACGUUUACGACAAGUUGCGCAAGGUGGAUGGCGAAGGACGGUGUGUUAUUGUUGAGCUCAACUUCAACGUGGUGGUGAUCAGCGUUUACUGUCCCGCCAACAGCUUGGCAACAGAGGAAGGUGAGGAGUUCCGCAUGCUGUUUCUGGGGUGUCUGUUCGAACGAGCACAGAACCUGCGCGAGAUGGGCAAGCAUGUGGUCAUCAUGGGCGACAUCAACGUGUGUGUGGACCUGAUUGACAGCGACGACACAAUCAAGACGGCGUUCCGCGAACGCAAGCUGGUCAAGGCACAGGAAUCGCACGACUUUGAGUCCUUGAACGUGGAGCAAGUGCUAGCUUUCAAAAAUUCUGCUCCGCACCGAACUCUGGUUAACAACUAUGUGGUGGACUCGAGCGGGUUUGGUGCCGUGCGAGACUCGCAGUUCCUCCACGACGUGGUGCGCGAGAAACAGGGUCGCAGACUGAAAAUGUACACUGUUUGGAGCACGUUCAAGAGCAACAGACCAUUGAACAUUGGGUCGCGGAUCGACUUGAUCUUGGCCUCGGAGAAACUCGCGUGUGUGGCCAACCAGGCGGACAUCUGGCCGUUCCUUCACGGGUCGGACCACUGUCCUACGUUCACAGACUACGAGUAUGCCGGGUCGGAGCUCGUGAAGGCCAACGACCGGUCUUUGGAGUACGCGGCCAAACCCAACUGGUUUGAGGCCACCAAUUUCUACGGACUGCACACGAGAGGCAGCAUUGACAAGUUCUUCAAAAAGAGAGAACGGCCAUUGCCGCAGGAACAGGCCGAACCUACACAGGCUAUUGACUAUGCCACCAGGAAGAAACAGAAAGUCGAGCCGCACGAGCAGCUAUCGAUCUCUGACUUUUUCUUCAAAUCGAGCUACGACGCGCCCGAGGAGCACGAGCAACCCAAGCCGCGGAUCUCGGUGGCCAACUUCAAAGAGAUGCUCAAGGACUCGAGCUCUUCGGCGCCGCUGUGCAAACACGGCGAGCCAUGCAGCCUGCGCACGGUGAAGGCGGAGAAGAACCGGGGCAAGAAGUUCUGGUGCUGUGCGCGCAGCACGCUGACCGAGUCGUGGGCCACGGACCAGGAGCAGAAGCAGGAAAAGGAUGUGGACGCGUACAACUGCGGGUUCUUCAAGUGGGCGUCCCGCUCGUGGGACAAGAAGCAGGAGCAACGGCGCAAAGACGAGCAGCUGAAGCAGAAGCUGCGGGAACUAAAGCAGGAGAAAGAGGCCGAGAAAAAGGCCCGUGUGGACAAGAUCAAGGAAAAACGGGCCCGGAAGGAGGAAAAGGAACGGUACGAGCGCAUGGCCAGUAUCAUGCACGCAAAGAAGGUGGACCGAUGCAGGGUGUGGGGCUUGCCGGCGAUGAGGCCGUUGACCGAGGCGAGGAUCGAGUUGAGCGAGGCCCGCGUGAUGGACUCGUGGAUUCCGAUUCCCCAUUGCGAGUCGUCGCCGCUGGUGAGAUACACGUACGUGGCAGCCUUGGUGUUGGAGCCAGACCCCACAGCGUGCUCGGCGUAUUUCUGCAGCUCGAUCUCGCGGCCAACCACCUUCGACACGGCGUUCACAAACGACGAGAUCGGUCCGUUACCGGUUCCCUCGACAGUGACCUCCUUGCCGUUGUACGUCACGUGCACCUCGAUCGUGGUGACAAACUCGGACUGUUUCUGGAUCGAGUAG